CCAGCUUGGAUUGUAUUAAGUGACAUAUCGAUAGAGCGAAACAUGAAAUUCCUUAUAAUUCUCAGCCUGUUUGUGGUUGCUGCCUGGGCGACGGACAGCAAUGAUCCCAUUUCCCAGGAAUCCAAUGUGGAGUACAAUGGCAAAUACCAUUAUCAUUACGAGCUGAAAGAUGGCUCCAAGGCCACUCAGGAUGGCGUUUUGAAGACUGUGAAUUCCGAACACGAUGGCGAAUCGGUGAAUGGAAAGUACUCCUUCGUCGCCGACGAUGGCGAGACCUAUGUGGUGUCCUACACGGCGGAUGAGAAUGGCUACCGCCCGGUUGGCGCCCACCUGCCCACGCCACCACCCACUCCAGAGUCCGUGCUGAAGGCUCUGGAAUACAUCCGGCUGCAUCCCUACACGCCGCCCGCGGGAAAGCACUAAGCAGAUCCAGCAAAAACUAAGCCAAAAUGUGAUUGGAAC